AUGGAAAGUUUUUUCUCAAUUAGUUGUGUACAUGUGUUUUCAGUACUCAUCGUCCUUUUCAUGAAAAUGACAAAUCAUAUCGAAACGUUUGAAAAUUUGACAUCUGAUAAAUUUGAUUCACUUGUUGAACAGGACCUUCCAUUCAUAAUUCGUCAAGCUGCGUUUGGUUCUUGUUUACGAAAUUGGAAUAAAGAUUAUUUUGGACAGAAAAUAGCGAGCAAACAAGUCUCGGUACAUGUUUCAACAAGUCCUUUAUUGGAUUUUAUAAACAAAAAUUUUAGCUAUUGUGUUUAUGAUUUCAUCGAAUUCUUGAAACUCUGUUCCGAAGAAAAUGGCCUAUAUUAUUAUCUACGAUCAAUAGGCAAUCAUAGUUCCAAAGAAAUCGCAAAUUUGAGUGAACAAUUUCCUGAAAUCGCUAAUGAUGUUGAAUAUCCAGAAUUUAUAAAUUUUUGUGCCGAAGAAAAUUGUCCUAAUGAGAAUGAAUGCCCAAAUCGACAUUUGUUUUCAAGCGUUCUUCGUAUAUCGUCACGAAAUUUAUCCAUAUGGACCCAUUAUGAUGUGAUGGAAAAUAUUCUACUUCAAAUCAUUGGUCGCAAAAAAGUUAUUCUUUUUCCACCAACCGAUGCACCCUUUCUUUAUUUAAAAGGUGAUAAAUCCGAAAUUAUAGAUCUAGAGGCCCAUGAUUUGGAUAAAAAAUAUCCAAUGUUCAAUAACGCAACUAGAUAUGAAUGCAUAUUGGAACCAGGCGAUUCUUUGUUCAUACCAUCAAUGUGGUUUCAUAAUACCAAAGCAAUAGAAUAUUCGAUUGGGGUGAAUUUUUUUUGGAAAAACCCACAGCUCAUUCAUCAUUAUGAUCGUAAUGAUUUUUAUGGUAACAAGGAUCUCAAACUUGCAACACAUGCCUAUGUAAAUCUAGAUAAAGCUCUCCAGCAUCUGAAUAAAUUACCUGAUAAAUAUCGAAAAUUUUAUAUUUCAAUGUGUAUUGCCAAAUUGAAUAAAUCAUUAAAAUCCAUUUCGUAAAAUA